UUUACAAAGCUGCCAUCUCUAGAAUCCAUUAAUCAUUGUACUGCAUUUUGGGCAAACGGUCACUCUAUAAAUAAAAUGGCCGAUGUGGAUGUCUUUAUAAGUAACUACACCCUCGUGGAUCCAGAGAUAUACCAGCUAUGGAUCGAAGGGUUUUCUUCCAGCGAGGCGGUGUCCUAUUUGAAACAAAAAGGAUUUGGACACUCCAUGGGGGCUCCCAGCGAUCUGAUUGCCUCCGAUGUGCUGGACCACUACCGCACCUAUUCCCUGAUUGAGCUCUAUCUCAACGCACCCACCAAGCUAAUGGAGCAAUCCUGUUUCCAGCUGGAGCCACAUAUGCGCGACCUGAUCACCGAGAAGUACUACUCCAUCGAUGAUGUGGUGGCCCGUGAGAUUCUUGGGAAGAAGCUGACGUCCCGCUACCGCAAGGAUCUAGACGAAGUGGCUGAAAAAACAUGCGUCAAGCUGAAGUCGGUUCGCCGGCAGUUCGACAACGUGAAACGAAUAUUUAAGGCUGUGGAGGAGAUGCCGGGCACGCUGACCAACAACAUAAAGCAGCAUUUCUUUAUAUCCACCGAACUUGCCAAGAAGUAUGCCUGCAUCGUUUUCUUGGCCUGUCUGCGUUUUGAAACCACGAAAAAGAAGCUUCAAUUCCUGAGUUUCAGCGAUUUGUUAACCUGCUCUCAUGCCAUCAUGAUCUACUGGACUUACACAUACCAGCACACUGGCCCGGAAUAUUAUGAUACCGAAAUGGACAAAGAGUUUCUACUGGAUUUGCGGGAAUUGCGAUGUCUGCUGGAUAAGGAAAAAGAAAUUAAGCACCUCGUCUGCAUGCGCCUCAAACCUGUUCUUUUAGAGCGCGCCUUUCACGAGCUGGAUGGCAAUUUUCGCUCGUACUGGCGUGCUUUGAUUACUAUUGCAUGCAAUUUACACCGCAAUCGGGAGCUUCGCGAUCUAUUUGUCGACCUUUGCGAGAAACUGAUUGAUCCUUGGCGUCAAAAUGGUUGGAAUCGCGAGCAGGUGAACAAGUUUCUGGCUUCCAUAACCCAAAGCGUCUUGGAUCUAGAAAUAUCUAGGGAUCAGGAGACCCGAUGUCUUUGGGAUCGCUACAUGCAGGUCGUUACGCUAUGCCUGGAUAAAAUGUAUCACAUAUAGGAUGUAAUUAUGUUAAGAAGGAACAUUAGUUUUUUGUACUUAGUAGUUAUGUUGUGUUUGUUUGAAUUUGUAUUAACUAUUUAUCUAUGACAUCAGUUUGUAUAAAUAUACGAAAAGUUCCCUUAGAAA